AUGACGAACCUGAACAAGUUGCUUGCAUCGAACUCAUCGCAAAAAGAAGAUAAAUCAACGAGGGAGAAUGUUAAGCCUAGAGUUGAUCAGUUCUUAACUUCUAGCAGCGUGAGCCCCUCAUGCUUGCCUAAACACGUGUUGGACAACGACAUUGACUGGUUGGAUUUGUUCGAACUGUGUAACCACCCGAUCAUUCCGUUCUGCAAUCAAAUCAGGAGCCAGCAGCCACAAAACGUAGCACCACUUCAAGUACGUUUCCCCGAGGUGUUUACACCGAAGACUGUGGUUCAGCUGGUGCUGGUGUUUAGGCCAAAGCGACCGGUUGCAUACAGCAUCAAAAGCGUAGUGGAGGAUGAACUCAGCCAUCUUCAAAGUUUGAGCAUCAUAAAGCAUGUUGAUUUUGCAGAUUGGGCUGCCCCUAUCGUCGUUGUUCGGAAGCCGAAUGGAUCUGUUCGAAUCUGGGCCGAUUUUUCAACAGGUCACAACAACGGUCUCGAACCAACUCAAUAUCCGUUACCGUUACCAGAGGUUAUAUUCGCCAAAAUGGCCAAUUAUCGAAUAUUCAGCCACAUUGAUUUGUCCGAUGCCUAUCUGCAGGUUUAUUCCAGUUUACCCGGUUGUCACCAGGCAAUAAAACCAGCCCCGGGUUCAUUUCAACAGUUGAUGGGUACAAUGCUAGCUGGUAUCGACUGCACAGUUGGUUACUUGGAUGACAUCCACGUAGGUGGUCGGUCAGAAGAAGAUCACAAGCGAAAUAUUUAUCUUGUACUAGAACGUCUGAGAGAGCACGGGUUUACUGUUAGCAUCGAAAAUUGCAACUUUGGAAGGCAACAGAUGAAAUACAUAGGACAAGUACUUGAUGGCAACGGCAUUAGACCGGAUCCGGACAAAAUCGCUUCUAUCAUUAGCAUGCCGCCGCCGCAUGACAUAUCGACGCUUCGGUCAUAUCUCGUCUCCUGCGUGUCAAAGAUCGUUCGACCGCUCUCGAAAGAUUUUUCAAUCACCAUUACUGCUGACGAACUACAUUGCUCACUGGUGUUUCCAGAUCCGAACAGUUCCGCGAGUUGA